GUCCGUGUGUGGCCGGCGCCUUAGCCCUCUCCCUGGAAUACGCUGAAUGCGGAUGUGUGUAUGGGCCCAUGGCUGGGUGAGGGCAUAGCAGCGCCGGGCGACAGGAACCUGCAUGAGGGGACAGAAUAGGCCGGCGCCUGUGUCCCCCUUGUGCCCGGAGCUGCUGCCCGCUGAGGCCGCUCAGUGCUGGGCAGCCCGUGUCUCCCGGCAGGGAGAGGGUUACAUCGCCCUCGGGUCCCUCCUUGUUUACAACUGCUCAGCCGUAGCUCCGCCCACCGUCCGCGCCUCCAGCUCCUUAUUGGUCGGAAUAGCUCAGCAGGCUCCCUAUUGGUUGCGCUGAGCUCCUGCGGUCGCAGGCGAUUGGAUGCGGCCGUAGUGGGCGGGGCGGCUUUGCCUCCAUGAACAUGGCCGCUGCGACUGUGCGGCUGCUGCUAUUAGCCGGACUCGGGGUAACGCGAGCGGCGUCGGUGGUAGGUGAAGCCGGUGACCAGGCCCAGGUGCUGGGGCUGCGGCUGGAGGAUGGAACCGGGGCGUCCAUGCACGGAGGGGUGAUCAGGGCUCGCCCGGGCUCCCUGUUCCGCCUCCGUCUCUAUGGCUCAGAAUUACGAAAUGACACCUGGCCCUGGCUGUCCUUUGGGGCCCCCGGGGCCCAGAACUGCACCCCUGCGGCGGACCCGCCCCUGAAGCUGCUGAAGGAGUUCAUGGUGUGCAGUGAGCACUCGGGCCUGGUCACUGUGCAGGCUGAGGAUGAGGUCAGGGGGUACAAAGGCCUCCUGUACCCUCUGUGUAUCCGGCAGGGGGGAGGCUGGGCCCUGUAUACAGGGGGGGACACGGCCAUCACUGUGUCAGGGGAUGGGGACGAGGAGGAGCUGACCAGGGUGGGGGUAGAGCCGCAGCAGUGUGUCCUCUUCCCCCCCAGCACCAGGAGCCAGGACUACAGUAGCCCCAGUGACAGUUACUUGGCUAUUUGGCUGCUGGCUUUCCUCAUUGUCCUCUGUGUGCUGCUGUCUGGCCUGGUCCGCGGCCUCCAGCUCAGCACUCUAAUCCUAGAGCCCCCAGAGCUAGAUCUCCUUAAGGACUGGGGCUCCCCCUCCGAGAGGCUGGCUGCCAACCGGCUGGAUUAUGUCAGGACUCGAUGGGGAGGUUAUACGCUUAUUUCCCUGCUGUCCCUUUGCUGCAUCACCCAUUCGGCUGUAGCCGUCUUGCUGUACCACGCCACCGGCUCAGUGGCGGUUGCCAUCUUUGCAGCAGCUGGACUGCUCUUAAUUGCUGGUGAGGCCCUGCCAGCCGCCAUCAGUUCCCGCUGGGGUCCUUGGUUGGCGUCCAAGUGCCUUUGGCUCACCCACUUUUUUCUGCUUGUUGCUGGGCCAGUUUCCUUCCCCCUAUCCUGGCUCCUUGAGAUGGUGUUUGGGCAGGACCCGAGCUGCUGUCGCAUGAGACUGCGAAUCCUAGAGAUGGCCAGAUGUGGGGAUCCCUACAGUGAGUUAGUGAGGGAUGAAUUCAGCAAGGGGGCUCUAAGAAACAGAACAGUGGAGGAUAUCUUAACGCCUGUGAAUGAUUGCUUCAUGCUACCCAGUGAUGCCCUCUUGGACUUCAGCACCAUGUCCAGCAUCAUGGAGAGUGGCUACACCCGUAUCCCUGUGUAUGAGAAUGAGCGAUCCAACAUUGUGGACAUCCUCUACGUGAAAGACUUGGCCUUCGUGGAUCCCGAUGACUGCACCCCCCUGAGCACCAUCACCCGUUUCUACAGUCACCCCGUCCACUUCGUGUUCAGUGACACCAAGUUGGAUGCUGUUCUGGAGGAGUUUAAGAAGGGUAAGUCACACCUGGCUAUUGUACAGAAGGUGAACAAUGAAGGCGAAGGAGACCCAUUCUAUGAGGUUAUCGGCCUAGUCACGCUGGAGGACGUCAUUGAAGAGAUCAUAAAAUCGGAGAUCCUGGAUGAAUCGGAAGACUAUAGGCAGACUGUAAAGAAGAAACACCCCAAAGUGCAUCCUGUACCCAUACCCCGUGGAGGGGAGGAUUUGUCCUUUUUCAAAACUUCUGAGAUGGAGAAAGUGAAAAUCUCGCCCCAGCUCCUGCUAGCCACCCAGCGCUUCCUGUCACAGGAGGUGGAUCUCUUCAGUAAUUCCCGGGUAUCGGAGAAGGUCCUCCUGCACUUGCUGAAACUCCCAGGGGUGACGCAGGAGGUGAAGUUUGAUGACAGCGACCGCCUGGCCCCAGAACACUACCUGUACCUGCGCAGCCAGCCAGUGGAUUACUUUAUUCUCAUUCUGCAGGGCCGGGUGCAGGUGGAGAUUGGGAAGGAAGGUCUGAGGUUUGAAAAUGGGGCAUUUACUUACUAUGGUGUUGCUGCACUCAGCCCCUGCUUAUUAGGUCACCACUCUCCUUCCAGCGGCCAGAGGAGCGAAUCUCCAGACUCUGGCUCCUACUGUCCAGAUUAUUCAGUGAGAGCCUUGUCUGACCUGCAGAUAGUAAAGGUCUCUCGGCUGCAGUACCUGAAUGCCAUACGGACCUCACACACCAGUGCCCAGUCUCCAGAUAGCAUAGAGCUGAAGAUAUUUCCCAACAGCCAGAUGCAGCUACUGAAUGACCAGAAUGCCGGCACAGCACUUCUAAUCAACACUGCCGUUAUGGGCACAAUUGAGAGUGUCAGCUAAUAGCUGCUCAUGCUGGUAAAUGCAGAGAAUCGAGGAAGGAAGGACGUAGUGAUGAAAUGCAGCAGGAAGCCGAGGGCGCAUCACCCUAACCACUGUUACCUCACCAAGAAGCCUGGGGUCAUCCCCGACCAGAGACUCCUUACGACCAGGGGCUAUGGGCCCGGUCACAUACUGCUGCCAUGUCAUUGUGCCAUUUCUUUUCAAAGGACAGUACUAUUUCAAGAAAGCAUCCAGUAGCUAUAGUGGAGUUCCCUGUCCGGACACAGGGACUUCCCGUCCUCCAUGGCUGCGCUCUGUAGACAUUUCCUGAGGCUACCUGGAGGGUCCGUCCACAGAUGCAUUUCUACGCGAACACACAGUGUUCUGCAGGGGGGGAAGACUGAAAAUUGUGAAGGUUUAGAGUUAUAAAUAAGUAAUAGAAGCUAUAGACUAAAUAUGUUAUAUGUUUAUUUUGUAUUAAGCUAAUCAGGGGCUGGGGGUGUGGAAAUUGGAAACAUCAAUGACAAUGAAAACACUUAAUCCUCA